CAGACAUUCACAGCACAUGCUCUUAAACGCACACUCUCAAUGUGAUGUAACUUAGACUGGACAAAAUGUGAGCACCAUGUAUGUGGACGUGUAAGGACUGUACAACAGCUGACUGAAGCCUAAUGGGGGCUGGAGCAAGUCAGAAGGAAUAUUCAGUUACAGUUACAGAGAGCCCCCCACCACCACAGGCCAUCUCUGAGUCAGAUUCAGCCGACUCCUCUCCACGUCCACCUGCCAUCAUCAUCACAGCUCCGUCACGAGAGGACAUCUAUGCCUCGCCAACCACCGUGACGAUAGCCGAUGCUCUCAAAGAGCGGAGGCCUACUUCCACACCCUUUGUAGUGGGGAAGAACGCGGUUACCAGACAGUAACUCAACACCACAGAAGUCUUCCAAGAAGAACUCAAAAUGGACUUCACAAAUACCAGCCUCCUGUUGACCUACGGUGUCCCUGCCUGUUCAAAGCAUCAAACUCCGGGAAAGCUCGCAGUUGUCCAACAAAAAAAACAAUGGAGGCGCCCAUCUAAGAGUGCUGCGGCCUGUCGAGUUGAAGCCAUAACAGAGGAUAUUAUUGUCUUCUGAGACUAAAAACGACCUUAAAUGAAAGAAUGGACACCGUGGGAGAGGACGAACCGGACCCUAUAAAGCUGAAGUCCAUCAAGAACAAUAAAACAUUCACAGUGCCUCAGAGUGACCGGUUUGGGAGCUGCAGAAGUGUUCGAGAGUUUGAGAAACUCAACCGCAUAGGAGAAGGAACUUACGGCAUUGUGUACCGAGCGCGAGACACCAAGUCAGAUGAGAUUGUAGCACUGAAGAAGGUCCGGAUGGACAAAGAGAAAGAUGGGAUCCCCAUCAGUAGCCUCAGAGAGAUCAACCUGCUACUGAGGCUGAGACAUCCCAACAUAGUGGAGCUGAAACAAGUGGUUGUUGGCAGUCAACUGGAGAGUCUGUUUCUGGUGAUGAGUUACUGUGAGCAGGAUCUGGCCAGUCUGCUGGAAAACAUGCAGACACCGUUCUCUGAGGCUCAGGUAAAGUGUAUCAUCCUUCAGUUGCUCAGAGGCUUGGAGUACCUCCACCACAACUUCAUUAUACACAGGGACCUGAAGGUGUCUAAUCUGCUGAUGACAGACAAGGGCUGCGUUAAGAUUGCUGAUUUUGGGUUGGCCAGGAUGUACGGCAUCCCCCAGCAGCCCAUGACGCCUCGAGUGGUCACACUGUGGUACAGAGCUCCAGAGCUCCUCCUAGGGACCAAGACCCAGACUGUAGCUCUAGACAUGUGGGCUGUCGGCUGCAUCCUGGCUGAGCUGCUGGCUCACAAACCUCUGCUGCCUGGAACCUCUGAGAUCCAGCAGGUCGACUUGAUAGUUCAGCUGCUGGGAACACCCAAUGAAAACAUCUGGCCAGGUUUUUCUCAGCUGCCUCUCAUCGGUCAGUACAGUCUGAGGAAGCAGCCGUACAACAACCUGAAGAAUAAAUUCACCUGGCUGUCUGAGGCCGGACACCGACUGCUCAACCUGCUCUUCAUGUACAACCCACAGCGCAGAGCUACUGCCAAAGAUUGUUUGGAGAGUUCCUACUUCAAAGAGAAACCUCUACCCUGUGAACCCGACCUGAUGCCAACCUUCCCCCACCAUCGCAACAAGCGGGCCGCUCCUCCGGCAGAGAGACACUCCAAACGGAGCAAAGUGUGAGAACAUCGAUCUGCUCAUGACGAGGUUUUACUGUGGAAACCAGUUCAAUUAGUGUCAACACAUCGCUGGACCGGUUACACAGAGCUCUGCGGCGUUCAGUGUAAUGCCGCGGAGAUCAUUUGAACAUUUUAAAAGGCUUUAAGCGCACAUUCUCUAAUGUAGAUCCAGUUGUUUUGCAGCGCUGUGAACUGUUUAUAGGUUGUUAGAUUUCUGGAGUAUUUCUUAAUAUUCAUAUUGCUGCCAAGGUCUGCGUACUAAAUGAAGAGGAAGUAAUGAGGACAAAGUUGCCUUGACAAAGAUGCUGAGGCGUAUUGUCCUUUGUCGCGAGCAUUUAUCACGUUUUAGAUGUGCUUUUAGAAGUGGCUCUGCUGUUCUGUGAUCAGUUUUCGAUCCCGACAUCAAAAUGGUAAAACUGUGAAAAGGCAUGACGAGUAGGAACUGAACCAACUUGCUUGAGCUCUGCCCACAGUGUCACUGGGUGUGCGUGACGGCCUCUCUCGGCUGUGUGUCCUGUCAAAGUGUCCUUGAGGUGAAACACUGAACCCCUGAAUCCGCUCGCUUUUUGUUAGCUGUUAUAGGAACAGUUUCACUAGUUAGUUUGACUUUGGGAAAUAUGCUUAUUUAGUUACUCAGAUGUCUGCGCUGAAGCCAGUUUCACAGUAGUUCCAUGUUUACUGUACAGAUAUGACAGUUGUAUCAGUCUUCUCAUCAAACUUUGAGCAAAAAAGUGAAGAUGCAUUUUAUCUAAAAAUGUCAAAGUAUUCCUUUAAGAGCUUCAGCAGACAGAAAUGUUUUUGCCAUCAUUGGGCAAAUAAUAACCUUUCAGCAUAUUGUAAUUCAAGUGUUCUGAGAGAAAACUAGACUUCUGCACCUCCUCAUGGCUCUGUUUUCAGGCUUUACAAAAUUCUAGCCUAGUGACGGGAGACUUGGACCAAUCACAGCUCAUUUCAUUGAGAGAGCGUUCCUAUUGGCUGUGCUCUUGUUGGUGGGCGGUGCUUGGUAUUUCUUCAACAGAUCUUAACAUGGCUGCCGGGUCACAAACUUUCUCAUC